CUUUAUAUGGGGGCGGCGCGGUGCGGCGGGGGCGGUGGUGGAGCGGGGCCGUGAGCGCGGAGCGGGCGGCGGGGCCAUGGCAGGGCCGGCCUGACCCGACCCGACCCGCGCUCGCCGCCGCGAUGUUGCCGAGCCAGGCCGGGGCCGGGAACGGCGGCGGCGCUGCUGCCGCUGCCGCCGCGCUGGCCCGUGGCUCGGGGCUGGGUCGGUCGCCGGUACCGCGUGGGGCGAACGGCGGCGGGGCGGCGGCAGGACCGCCCGGUGGCCGUCUGGAGCGGGAGGCACUGUACAGCGGCAGCGAGGGCGACUCGGAGUCGGCGGAGGAGGAGGAGCUGGGCGGCGAGCGGCGCGGCGUGAAGCGGGGCCUGGCCGAGGCGGCGGCGGCGGGGCCCGCGGCAGGAGCGGCGGCGGCUGCCUAUAGCGGCGGCGUCGGCGGGGGCAGCGGGGCCGUGAGCGGCGCCAAGCCUGGAAAGAAGACGCGGGGUCGGGUGAAGAUCAAGAUGGAAUUCAUUGACAACAAGCUACGGCGCUACACCACCUUCAGCAAGAGAAAGACCGGCAUCAUGAAGAAGGCCUACGAGCUCUCCACGCUGACAGGCACCCAAGUCCUGCUGCUGGUGGCCAGCGAGACGGGCCACGUGUACACGUUUGCCACGCGGAAGCUGCAGCCCAUGAUCACCAGCGAGACGGGGAAGGCGCUGAUCCAAACCUGCCUCAACUCCCCCGACUCGCCGCCGCGCUCCGACCCCACCACCGACCAGCGCAUGAGCGCCACGGGCUUUGAGGAGACCGACCUCACCUACCAGGUGUCGGAGUCGGACAGCAGCGGGGAGACCAAGGACACGCUGAAACCUGCCUUCACUGUCACCAACCUGCCGGGGACGACGUCCACCAUCCAGACAGCCCCCACCACCUCCACCUCCAUGCAGGUCAGCAGCGGCCCGUCCUUCCCCAUCACUAACUACCUGGCACCAGUGUCUGCCAGCAUCAGCCCCAAUGCCGUCACCAGUGCCAACGGGACAGUGCUGAAGACCACUGGAGCCAGUGCAGUGACGUCGGGGGGCCUCAUGCCCAUACCCACAGGCUUCACCCUCAUGUCAGGUGGUACCAUGGCUCAGCAGGUUCCAGUCCAGGCUAUCCAGGUGCAUCAGGCACCGCAGCAAGCAUCUCCCUCUAGUGACAGCAGCACUGACCUUACCCAGACCUCUUCCAGCGGAACAGUGACCCUCCCAGCGACCAUCAUGACGUCGUCUGUGCCAACCACUGGGGGUGGCCACAUGAUGUACCCCAGCCCACACGCGGUGAUGUACGCGCCCACAUCUGGCCUUGCAGACAGUGGACUUGCAGUCCUCAACGCUUUCUCACAGGCACCUUCAGCGAUGCAGGUGUCCCACAGCCAGGUCCAGGAUCAGGGUGGCGUCCCCCAAGUGUUCCUGACAGCCCCAUCAGGCACCGUUCAAAUCCCAGUCUCAGCUGUUCAGCUUCACCAGAUGGCUGUCAUUGGGCAGCAGAGCAGCAGUGGCAGCAGCCUGACAGAGCUGCAGGUGGUCAACUUGGAGACCUCGCACAGCGCCAAGAGUGACUGAGAGGCCUCUGCUGCCGGCCUUGUGCCUGCCCCUGGCUCCUCAGGCCAGGGCUGGCAGCAGCAAUUCCUUCUCGUACAGACUGCACCGAUUAUUUAUUGUUGCCUUUUCACGUUUCCUUCAUCCACACAUGCACCCACACACACACAGACAUGCACCCACACACACACACACACAGGCAUGCGCGUGGGGCCGCAGGACCCGCCUGGGGCAGAACUGUGCUGGGGCCGUGCAGGGCUUUGGGGGUGUUUGGAUGCUGCUGUGCUUGUCUCACGCCAGCCAAAGAACCUUUGUCUCUCGAGGGGAGGGUCGCUCUGCGCUGUAAAUAAAUACUAUGGGCUGUUCCCAGCUGGAGGCUCUGGCUCCUUCUGGGCUCUCUGAGUCGCCUUGCCCAUGAAGUGUUCGCUCGGCGUGGGGCUCAGCCCUAGAGCCCGUCCUGUGGGUGCAACUCAGAGUGGAGCAGGCCGAGGCUGUGCUGCUGGCCUCAGCAAUGUGCCUUUGUUGGGGGGGGUGACACGUUCUGGCUGCAGCAACUCGCCCUGGGCUCUGGACAGGGGAGAGUGGCCACCUUGCAUGCGCAUCUCUGGCUGGGCCUGCGCACCCUCCCUCCAGAGGGCAGGGCAGGGCACGGCCUGUGGCAUGUGCCUGGCAGCACGUGGCCCCAUCCUCCUUGUAUGCACUACAGUGAGCCCUCUGCCCUCAGUGCCUCCUUGCUGGGCUGCCCGGCAGAUUUGCAGCCUGACUGGUUCUGCCCUGGUGGCUGCCCUUGCACAGCUGAGGUGGUUGGUGGGUGCCCAGGGGUACAGCGAUGGCCCUGUAGAGCUCACAGGGGGCUCUGUGGCCAGCUCAGCCCACACUCUCCUCUCAGCCCUCACACUGCUUGCAGACUCCAUACACUCAGGGGAAUGUGGCCAGGUCUUUCUGACGUCCCCCUGCAGCUCCAGCCAACGCUUUCUAAACUUCUGUCUGAUGCAAGGUGGAGAAACGACUAAGUGUCAAAGGGAAGAAGAGCCCAUGGAGCACUGAGCUGCUGGACAGGUGGCAGGCUCUUCCUCUGAGCACCAGAGUGGCUUGUAGGCCAUCCUUGUGUGGCAGAGGAGCAGCUGUGAUUCCUGUGCAGGCUCAGCAAGGCCAGGGCAGAAGGGCUGGAGCGUGCCUGGUCCUGCACAGGAGUUGUUGUGAACGGCUCUGCUACAUAGUCCUAUCCCUGGAAGGAGAGUGAGCAAGUGAGAGAAGCUGCUGAGUCCUUAGGGGAAGAAGCAGCUACUGUAACUUUUUCUUUCUUUUUUUUUUUUUUUUAAGUUAAAAGACAAAAGAAGCCUUGGAGAAAAAAGGAAAAAAGGAAAAAAAAAAAAGGAAAAAAAAAAAAAAGAAAAUUACUUUAUUUUUCUAAAUGUUAAACUCAGUAUUUAUGUAAUUCUUUAAGGAAUAAAAGUUUGGCUCCUGUACAGUUUUCACGGGGUUUGUACCAGGGGGAUGGGAGAGGGGUGGGUGGGCAUGGAGGCAGGAAAGGGGCCUUGCUUUUGACUUUGUAUUGUAACCUUGGACAUGUUUCCUCAGCAUUAGCGUUUAAGCUGCGCUCUCCACCCACCAGCAUGUGCCAGGGAUCGAGCUGACUCCACUGGGAUGCUUGUUCCCUGCUUACCUGUGCCGAGAACUCCAUACCCAUUGUCUGGGGCUUAGCGGGCAGCAGGCAAGUGAAGCAGUCUCUAGAAGUGGGGGAAGUCAUCCCUCAGGAGCAAGGGCCUUGCAGUGUGCCCGGGAGCCAGAGAUGGGCUGCGUUUUCUGGUGGCUUCCCUGUUCACCUCUGGUCCUUGGACCUGUGGCUGUUGUGUCACUGCUUUUGCUGUGGAGCAGCUGUAACUGCCUAAGGGAUAUGGGCAUCCCCACUCCUCCCUGGGUUGUGAGUGGCCAGCAGUGGCUGAUCCCCCGCUCAUCCUGCUCACUGUGCGGGUAGCAGCAUCUCCUGAGCUCGCUGAUGAUCUGGGCUGUAGUUCCCACUCUACAGCUCUUCCUUGGUGCACAGAUGCAGGCAUGUCCCCUGCAAGUUCCCUGUGCAAAGAGCUGACAGAAUGGUCUUUCAGCCUUCAAAACUGUUAAGCCCUUGUGGAGAGUGGGGUGGCCCAUCUGGUGAGAGUGACAUUGCAUGCCGCCUCCCUUUAGCAUCCUUGCUCUAAGAGUGAUGUGUUACCCUGCAGCUCGGAGCAUGUGGGAGUGCUGUGCCGUGCCCCAUUGCUUAGGUGUAUGAAAGCUGCUCAGUGAUGCUUCCAAAACAGGGCUGUGGGUACCUAGGAGUUCACCCCGGGAGAAGGAUGGGGUUGGGAUUUGCAUUGUUCUUUGCCACCGGCCUGGCUUUGCUCCGCUUGGCUUGUGUGCCAGCACGGUGGAGCAGAGCUGCUCGGGGCCAGGAGGGCAGGAGCGCCCCUGCUGCUAUCGGGUGCCCGACUGCAUUUUCCUUCCCUCGGCUCCCCCCAGAGGCGAAACUGCUGGUUAAACGCUAAUGGUGUUAUUUUAUUUAAGUGCAGAACUUGUAAGAACACUUGUGUAUCAGGGAUGAAAUGGCAUUUAUUGUGUGGUGACA